CGUUCUAAUCGAUAAAAUUAAUUAGCAAUUUAAAGUUUAAUUAACACUUUAAUAUAAGAUAAACAAAUAUCAGUUCAGGAACUAAAAUACUUUUUUAUUAGGCUAGCACCUAAUAAACAAUGAAAGAUAACUAUGUACGUGGUAUAUUUUUAAAGAAGGAUGUCAAAAAAUUAAUAUUAAAAACAACUUAAAUACGGACAAGAACUGUUUGUUUAAUUGUAAAUGUUACUUUUCAUUCCUUAAAGUCAAUAAGAGAAAUGUAAAUAUGUUUCAAAAACUGUUUUUGGCACCACCCUAAUGUCUAAAUUGUAAUGGCCACUAAAAGUGUUAUGAAGAUCUAUUAAUGAAAAUGUUACCAGUGGAAAGAAAUUAUUAGAAAUAACAUUUAGUCAUCAAUGUUAAGUUUAAAACAAUAGACGUUAUAAAGUCCAGAGUGGUAAUUUAUUAAAAAAAAAAUAAAUUUUAAAAUGAAAAUUGUCCUGAGUGUAUACAAUAUAUUGAUAUUUUUAUUGGUGGUAUGUUUUCUAACUUACCAAUCGGUAAAUGCUGCUUGUAAUGUAUGUCAGGAGAAUAAUGUAGCCUGUGUUAAUUUAACUUCAUAUCAUAUGUGUUUUGGAGCUUCCAAACCCAAUACCGCUCAAUUAUUCACCUGUCCCGAUGGUUUAGUUUGUACAAAUUUGCCAAAUAUCUGUUUUCAACGCAGCACUUUACCAGCUAGUUGUGGUGAUACCUCUAGUUGCGGUAAAUGCAAUUCUAAUCAAGUUUUCGCCUGUACUACACGCACCACAUUUGCAUUUUGUUUUGGCUCCACAAUACCUUCAGAAGUGGUGGGAUCUUGUCCUCAGGACAAAAUAUGUGAUGCUUCUAGUGCUGAGAUUUGUGUUGAUGAAUUAACGCCAACUUCCAUUGUGUGUGAUUUGGAGCAAACACCAGUUUCAACAUUGCUAAAGAAGUUAUUCUAUUAUGCUAAUGAUUUUAAUACAUAUACAGAUUAUUGAAUUGUAUAAUCCAGAAAAAUGUGAAAAAUAAUAAAAGAUUAAUUAAUUGCGAA